AUGUCUUCAUUUAGAAGUCAAGUGCCUGCAUCUUCAUCUCAAUUGGCUCAUCAUAUCGCAAAAAUCAAGGGACCAAGACAAUCACCAACUCGCCUUAAUGCGAGGAAAGUUAAAAGCAUUCGAAAUCAUGUUUGGGAAAGAGAUGCAAACAAAAGACGUUGUAGUGCGUCGAGGCCUAGCAGACUUCAGAACCGAAAAUCUCAUGUUGACCUUGCUCAUCUGGCUGGGUUUUUUUUGUCUGUGAUGGGCUUGAAUUUGGGAAUCUUAGGAACAAUGGACAUCGCUGAAGUAAAAUCUAUUGGAAUACCAAAACCUGUUCUAUUUUGGACCGGUGUCGCUACAGGACUGCUUGGAAUUGUCCUUCUCAUCAUACCCGGUUUCAUCAACUUCUGCACGGAAAAUGUUCGUUGUCUUACCUGGUUGAAGCUGAAAUCUUUUUGUUUGAUCUUCAUCUGCGGACAAGUUGAAGUUGAUGAUUAA